AUGGAGCAAGCAUACUACACUGCAUAUUUUGUUACCUUCUCCAAUGCUCUCAUUGUUUAUGGACUGUUUACGGACGUCUCUAUUGGAAUGUGUGAGGGCUUCAACUUGGAACGUCAAAUUGCUCUGGUAGCAAGCCAAGUCAUGAUAGGAGUCCUCAUGGUCAUGCGGGUCUACGCGAUGUACAACUGCAAUCGCAGCGUAGUAGCAGGUCUUUUAUUUGCUGCUGUGCUGGUAAUUGCUGCGGCGAUGGUAUCCUACCUUCAGGGACGGACAACAAUCAGCACCAACGUCUCUGGUUGCCUUGCAUUCUAUCUCGGCAACUCUGAAAUUAGAGCUCUCAGGAGGUUCCACAACUAUCUAAUCUUGAUGGGAACAGCCAUCACUUGCUAUGAUUAUUCUAUAACACUUGGCGAUGAAAUCCGAUAUAUCUGGAGGACGCCGUGGUCAGUCGGAAAGACGUGCUUUGUGCUCAACCGAUACUUCGCUAUCGUCUGUGGUGUCAUUAAUCUGUUCGACACCUUCAGUGAUUUGUCGCCGCGGAUGUGCACUGAUCUUGAACGGGAGCGCCAAAUCGCCAUAGUGGCGAGCCAGAUCUUCAUAGAAGGUGAGGCGCCUGAUAGUAGAUGA